AUGGCAGAUCCGCUUUCCAUAGCCUCUGGCAUCGCCGGACUCAUCACGCUCAGCAGUGCUGUGGUUGCAGCAGGCUACAAGUACAUUGAGAGUGUACGAUCACCGCCAAAUGAUGUCAAGAACCUUAUAAGCGAUAUUUCUUCUCUAAGUGUGCUUUUCGCCCAGCUUGUCUCAUAUGCCGCUUCACCCACUGGUUUGUCACGCACUGCUUUCGAAGAGUUCGCCCAACAGCAUGUACUUAGCGACUGCGAGACUGCUUUACAAACAGCUUUGUCACUGGUUCAGGGAUACGAUGCUUCGAAAGGAAGCCACAGCCACAGUGUAGUGAAGGCAUUGUCGUGGCCAAUGAAACAGAAGGAAGUCAAUAAGAUUCGGGACCGCAUUAACAAAGUGUGCAUUGAGCUCAAGCUCGCUUUAUCCAUCGACAGUGCACGCAGCCUAGAGCUGAUGGAGCGCAAGCAACAUCAACACGGCGUGUGGCUCCAGCAGUUGGUCCAUGCUAACGUGGAUGACGAGGAGCAAAGAAUGCUUGCAUGGUUAUCCGCACUGGACCCUUCUUCCAAACACUCUUCUAUUGCUACGCUGAGACAACCCGGAACUUUCGAAUGGCUACAGAGGGAAAGAGCUCUCAUUGAUUGGAUGGGGUCAGGAGGUCAGCUCUGGCUCCAUGGGUCGAGUGGAGCUGGUAAGACAGUACUCGUGUCUGGCCUUGUGGACUACUUGCAAAAGAUUGCGCUCACGAGUCCUACUAUUCAAGCAGUUGCUUUCCAUUAUUGCGAUUUUGCCCAUCAGCCAUCCCUGGUCGUUAGUCAAAUCCUCGGAAGUCUGGUGCGUCAAUUGAUCCAACAGUUGCAGCACUUCCCUCUGGCUCUGCGUGAGCUGUAUCACCGUCGAUCGGACAAAGAACCACCUCAGCUUGACGACAUUACUAGCCUUCUGAGAGAUGUUUUCAAGGAGGAGUCGAAAGUAACGUACAUUAUUAUCGAUGGGAUCGACGAAUGCUCGGAUAGAACAGUACUUCUGAAGGUACUGCGAGGAUUAUGGGAACAGACUUCCAAUACCAGUUCGAUCAGGGUGCUGCUCUCAAGUCGACCUGAAGUCGACAUCAUGCGGGCUUUCAUGAAUCGUCCACGCUUUGAGAUUCUACCUGAGCACGUUCAGCAGCCGCUACAGGUUCACGUGCGCAUCGAAAUUGCGCGCAUACCAAAAUUGGGUCAUCUCUCUGACAGGGAUCGACAGUCGCUUGAGAAAAGUCUUGUGGCGCGCGCUGACGGUAUGUUUCGUUGGGUGCAAUGUCAGCUUGAUGCUCUGCAAAGAGCUAGGACGAUUAAGGCACUUCACGAAGCAUUACAAGUGCUCCCCCAUGACCUUUCAGAGACAUAUGAUCGAAUCCUGAGAAACAUCGAGGAUUGCGAUCUUGAAUACGUCGACCGAGCAUUGAAAUGGCUUGUGGGAACAGAACGCCCGUUGAGUCUGGCAGAGCUUGCCGAAGCCAUUGCGAUAGACCCAACUAAGAACCAGCUGGAUGAUGAAGAAAAGCUGCUUGACCCUCACGAGAUACUCGAACUUUGCGGUAGCCUAGUACGGGUCCACGGAGGAAAAGUCGUCCUAGCCCAUUUUUCGGUCAAAGAAUACCUGCUCUCAAGCCGUCUGACCGAGCAGGAGCCUAGAAUCGCGAAAUUUGCUCAACACGAAGAAUCAAGUCGAUAUCACGUUACAGCAGGCUUGUUAUCCUACGCUUUCACUAUGGGCAUUCACAUACAGGCGCUACAAAAUACGCUCGAAGAGUCACGAUUUCCCCUCAUUACCUUUGCAAGGGGACGCCUCUGUUGA